AUGUGCGGCAACGGAAGUUUCUGCUACGUCAGGCAAGCUUACCUACAGGACUUCAUCCGCCGCUGGGACCUCGACGAUUCCGUCGCGUCGCAGCUCCGGGCGCUGAACCGGGCGCAGCUCAGCGAGGUGAUGACAUGCAACAUCGCGCAGGCGCGGAACCCGUCCGCCAUGGUCAAGUCCAGGAUACGCUCUGUCCUGGCUCGGCCCUCACAAGCAGAGUUCUCGGCGCACCAGCAGACCGUGGAGGAGUACCUGGCCCGGUACAAUGUGGACGAGGCGGCGCAGGCGGAGAUGCGAUCGGCGGCGCCUGAGGUGCAGUUGCGGGUCAUGGAGCAGGAGCUGAGCAACUGCAGAAAUCCCUCCGCCGUCCUCUCUUCGAGGAUUCGGGAGAUCUCUCGUGGGAGCAGGUGA